CUCGGAUGCUUCUACGUGGAUAGCUACAGCGGAGAAAAACUGCAGUUACUUUCAUCCAAAAUGGUAACAUCUUAUUUAUGAAUCAAAUCAUGUCUAGUGAGUGCUUUGUUGAGUGUGGUUUUAUCAGUUUUUGCAGUUUAUUGACAGCUGUUUAAUCGUCAUGAAUGUUAGAGAAAGCAAGUCGGCAUCUUUUCUUUCCAAAUCAAGCAAAUUGAACCACCAUCAUCAUGCACAACAACAGCAUGGCAGUCAAGACAUCAGACCAUCAUCAAGCAUAUCAAAUAGUAAGGCUUCAUAUAGCUCAAGUGGGGUCGUUGGGAGGAACCAGACUAGGGCACACCAUCAGGGUAUACAUGACAGAAAGGGUUCGAACCCAGAUUUUGGUUUCCUCAACAAAUCGAAGACGACAAGUUCUGUCACCGGUACGACGAGCAACCCAAACUGGAAAUCAUGCAGAUUGUGUGCUCUAACGUUCAAAAGUCCGAUGGAGUUUUCGCUGCAUUUGAGGGAGUACCAUUGCACGAAAGAGGGCGGGUCGUUUGUAUGUCGCUAUGGACUGAAUGGAGUGUGCACCACACUACCUCUUGAGGGAGUCAACGACACAGACUACGACUCACACGUAGCUAAAGAACACUCCUGCAUUUCCCUCUGUGAUAUGACCAACAGUAAGAUGCCUAGCAGUGCCACAUCAAACGAUCCACUGACUCCGUCCGUAGUCAACGACCAGAACAAAUGGACAUUUUAUUGUUCCCAGGUCAACCUCCCGGCAGUUCUAAACGAUCCCCGCAAAUCCAAACGAGAACUAGACUUCUUGACAAAAACUUGGGGAGAAACUUUUGUAGAGAAGACAGAAAUCUUGCCCUCGCUGCAUCUACCAAAUAUAACAAGGUCACAUUUUGACGGAUAUUUACGCCGGGUGACUACUCGCUUAAAAGCUCACAGAAGGUUAGACACAUCGUCCAGCUCAGUGUCCGUAGAGCUGUCUGGCAAACAGAGCCAAGCUGUUAGAUUAAAAGACCAUAGCAGUGCCGAUCUGGAACAGAUACCAAAGAUGUUCUUCCGCAAUGACUUCGCCCUGGAGAAUCCAGACACGUUUGAAGCAGUACUGCCCUGGUCACAGUUUAGAGGUCAAAGGUUAGGGGACACCAAAUCAGGUUAUCAAUCAUCAAAACUUCUGCAGGAAAAGCUGAGCCACUAUUUGGACAUAGUUGAGGAGCAGAUAGCACAACAGAUCUCCAUUAGAUCCAAUGCAUUCUUCAGCGCUAUGGCAUCCCAUGACAAACUUCAUGAGAACUUAGCUACGACUUGUACAGCUAUAAGAGAACUCAGGGAUAAAAUCAACAGCAUUGACACAAUUCUUGCCCAAGGCAAUUUAAGAAUUCUCAAGCUGCAGAUAUCCAGAGCUAACUAUGUCAAAGUCUUCAAUAAGCUGAAACUAAUGGCCACCGUUCAUCAGACCCAACCAACCAUCCAGAUCCUACUGACCACCUCUGAGUUUGUUGGUGCAUUAGAUCUCAUCUCUACAACACAGGAAGUACUCACACAGGAGCUGUCAGGUCUACAGAGCUUCAGGCAUCUUGGAUCACAGCUUGUGGAGUUGGAGAAGUUGAUUGAUAAGAUGAUGCAGCAGGAGUUUGCUCGCUUCACUGCCGCAGACCUCAACAGACCAAUCGAUGAAGACUGUUCCAUUGAUGAGGAUAAGUUGACUGCGAUUGUUCUGGGCAUGCUCAGACAGCAUCGGUUUAGUUUCCUGGAGACGUACAGAGAAGAAGUCGCCGAAAGCAUCAAGGCCCUCAUCAAGCAGACUGUGGUGCAUGCAGUUUCAUCGGCUGACAAUGUAGAUGAUGCAAACAUUGGAAGUAGUCUAGCAGACCAGAUGAGAUUACUCAACUUUCCUCAGUGGUUGGAGCUCUUUCAGAUGGUAUUUGAAAACCUAGCCAUGUUGAUGAAUAGAGUUAAGGAAACAUAUGUUGUCAUCAAACGGCUGGUGGACCUUGCUGCUGGGAUGGAUCCAGACUUACAGACGGAUCCAGUUCCAGCCGGUUUCGACCAGAAUGGACUGGUUGGUGAGGCUGAUGAGGCAACUGAAUUGGACAAUGAUGAUCAGGUCGAUGAAUCUGUGGAGGUAGCCAGCAGGGUUGAUGAUGAAAUACCAAUAACGUCAUCGGAAAAAAUCAUUAGUGAUGUAGAUGUGUUGAUAGCACCCAUUGAGCACAGCAAGCUAACUCAGUCCCUACAGGAUUUGUUACUGUUUGUCUGCGACUACGCCCACGACAGAUGUCUUAAACUUCUCAUCGCCAGAGGCAAGGAUGGAUUUUUGGAGCGGCUGAGCUCCGGGGAAUUUGUGUCUCUUUCACGUGCAAUAGAAAAGUUUGUUGGUAAAUGUGAGAGUGUCUGCGAAAGGAGAAGCACCUCAUUAAGAGGGGGUCUGCAGAACCAGGCAAACAAGUUCAUUAGCAGAUUCCAUGACGAAAGGAAAACCAAGUUAAGUUUGAUAUUGGAUAGUGAACGGUGGAAACAGGCUGAAGUACCAGCGGAAUUCCAAGAUCUCUUGAGUGCAAUGUCCAGAGGUGAUAUCUCACUGACUCUCCUUGUCAAAGCAGAUAGUGGUGGUGGGGAGAGGCGACCAGUAGAACUUGUUGAGAUUGGGAACCAGAAAUACUCAAUCGUAGGGACAGUGUUGUUGCUGUUGAAGAUGAUUGCUGAGUACUGCCAAUGCGCUAUUGACAUUCCAUCCGUUACUGCUGACAUUCUAACCAGACUCAUUGAAAUCCUUCAAAUGUUUAAUUCCAGAUCUUGUCAACUCAUUCUUGGUGCCGGGGCGCUACAACUUGUUGGUCUAAAGACGAUCACCACCAAAAAUCUAGCCUUGACAUCUCGAUGUCUUCAGCUCGUCAUUGUAUUUAUUCCCAUCGUCAGAGACUUCUUUGCUUUGAAACUUCCUGCCAAAAUGCAAGGUCUACUCAAGAAUAUGGACAAGAUUUUAAAGGAUUACAACGAUCAUGUGCAAGAAAUUUCCAACAAGUUGGUGAACAUCAUGGAUGACUCAUUCCGUCAGUUACUCUCAAUGUGGGAAGUCAAAGCUCCAGUUCCAUCCACCUGUUUCCGUGAGGUCUGUAAGAGAGUAAGGAAGCUCUACGAGGCCAUAGCGGAUCUACUUCCACCUGAGCAAAUUAAAGUACUCUUCAUGAGACUCAAUGUGUCCUUCAAGACCCACCUUAGAGAUGCACUUAUCAGGUCAAAGGUCAAGAAUGAUGGCGGGCCGAAGCAUGGGUUAGUGACAUCGGACUUGGCGUUCUACACAGAGUUUAUCCAGUCACUAGAUGGCCUGGACAGCAUCAUCGAUAAUAUGGACGAUGUUUGGGAUUGGAGGUAGCGUCAGGGAAUGGUCUUAGAAUUGAAUUAAUGAAACUGUUUAAAACUCUGAAGCAGUGAGGAACAACCACCUGGACAGUGCAGACCGUAUAGUUCGUAACAUCAACAGCAUGUGGACAAUGAAAUAAUGUUGAAGCACCAGUCUAACAAUGGAAGUCAUUGCACUGUGGUGCCUUACAGGGUAUUCAUGAGUCAUCAGCGGUCUAGUCUCCUGUAUCUACAGUCAAUAGAUGGAUUGAGUUACUGUCUUCUUUGUUCACCAGUCUAAUAGCUAAGGUCAUUGAACUCCUCAUCCUGUAGCCGUGUCUGAUUUGAUGGAUUCAGCAGUGGCUGUGGCUAGCUCACUAUUCUUCAAUGUUGCCGCUAAAGCCAUUGGCCGUAGCUGUAGCCAAAGUCACUUUUGAUGCCUCCUCAGAUGUCUAGUUUCCACAAUCAACCGGCCAUGGUGUCUGAACACUCGUCUGAUUGCUGAAGUCCUUGGACUCUUUGAUGCUGAUGCAACAAGCCUUGAGUUUAGUUCUUACAAGGUCACAGUAAUUUUCCUCUGGUAGAGGGGAACCUCUAUGAGGAAAAAUGUAAGUUUGUAUUGGAACUUUGCAAAGGGCCCCCAUAGCAAAACCACAUGGCACCACGACAAUCACUGUGGAUGACUCUGGUUAUUAAAAAUGUAGCCUUUGAUUCAUGGGGUGGCGUUGGUGGCUAGUGCAUCAAAUGGCUUUCCUUUCAAUUUUGUAGGCGUGGUUGGAUUCCCAACAAAGGCCACAUGUGAUUAGACAUAGUCAGAGUUAGUUCUCUCAUUUGCCACAAGGCUUUUUCUCUCGAUCCUCCAGCUUUCCUCCCUCUGGAAAUAUCAAGCAUUUUUAUACUCUGACGGUUAUAUAUGGGUCGGUGUACAUGUAGCUGUCUAACAUGCCCUUGCAUGCCUGUGGCUUUAACACGAUGUAGUUGUGCCCUUCGCAAUUCAGCUGCAAGUAAGAAAGAUUAGCCUCCCAAGUUUUGAUACUAUUUGACUAACUGUUAAUCUAUUCCUGUGUCAUCUCCACAUUGCAUAAUGAAAUUCUAUGAUUGAGACUCGUGGGUUACUAUAGUUUGUUGAGAGCACAAUGAGUAAACAAAUACUUUUCGACCAUUUUUUUUUUUCUUCUUUUACUUAAGCCCAAUUUUAUUGAUCUGCUCGAAUUUACUUAAAGCACAAAAAGAAGCUGUGCACAAAUCAACUUUGAGGUUACCCGCCAAACAUACGCAGGGCCCCAUUUCAUAAAGCCUGUAAGCACA